UGAAAAUGAACAGACUUGUUAUUACAAAUCUACAUUUACAAUGAAUCGGUUUAAUAUAUUCAAUAAAAUUGUUUUACAUAAUUCAAAAUUGAUUGGAUAUCCACAUUUAACUUUACCAAUAAUUGUGCAGUUUUUUCAAAGUGUUGCAGAGCAACCAAAGAAAGUCGAUAUUAUAGAAAAUUUAAGAAAGAAAUUCCAAUGCUCUACCACAAUUGCAGAGAAUAUUUACAAUGAAUUUCCAUCGUUACGUUCAGUUGACGCAAUUAAAAACGAUACUCUGGAAUUUCUCCGCUCAAAAGUAUCGCGGGAAUCGAUUAUUGAGAACCCAAGGCUGGCCACACUUGAUGCAAAUAACCUAGAAAAGAAGAUAAAUUUUCUACAUUCACUGGAUCCAAAACGAUUGGACGAUUUUUUCCCACUUUUGAAUAUGGAUGACGAUGAACUAAAUAAACUUAUCGCCCGAUUGGUUAUAGAAAGGGAUGAAAUCGAACAGAAAAAUCGAAUUUAUUACUUGAGCGAAAAGUUGAAGGUCGAACCAAAAGUGAUCUCUUCGUAUCGUGCCAAAUGUGGCUUCGAAAUAUUUCCCUCCUCAUUUCAAAAUUACAAGAAAAAAUUGGAAAUACUUCUGGACUAUGGCAUAAAUUUUGUUACCAACAAUAACAUUUAUGGCCUUUAUAUUCUUCGAUAUAAUGAUGACAUUUUUAUUCGCCGUUUCGAACGCAUGAUUUCAGUCAACCUUCCAAUCAAAAUUUCCUAUUUUGUUCUUGCCGAACCGGAUUUUAAUGAAUUGAUUGAAAAACAUAUUGUAGAGAACGGCAUAGAGAAAAAACCAAUCAAAAAUAUUAGCAGAAUGAAAAAGAGCAACGACGAUGAAAUUAAAAUUAUCGAUUCACUGAAAUACUUUUUACAAACGAAUGAGUGUGAGACAAUUGAACUUUACUACAAUUAUGUGAAUGAGAUCAAUAAAUUGGAGACCGUAAAAAGUAAUAUUGAGUAUUUGUCGUGGAUAAAAAUUGAUUUAGAAACAAUCAGACAAAAUGGAUUUCUGCUUAUAAUGCCAAUUGACGAAAUCAAGACAAAGAUUGACAUUUUGAAACAGAUGGAGCCAAAGAAUAUCAAUGAUUUCAUUCCACUUUUGAGUGUGCCGACAAGUGAAUUAAACAGUUACAAAUGUCAUCUUAAAACGCAUAAUACUAUCGCGAAAAAUCACCCGAUUUAUUAUUUUAGUGAGAAAUUGAAUAUGCCAGUCAGUGUGGUGGCUGCCCGUUUUGCUCAAAACUAUAUCGGAUUCGACCAAUGUGAGCUGGACCGAAAAUUGGAUGUUCUUAUGAAGCAUAACGUUGAUAAGGAUAGUAUUUUUAAUUAUAAAGAUACGUUUAAGUACAGUGCAGACAAAAUUGAUAAAAAAAUAUGCAAGCUCAAGAAUGAUGGACUUGAAAUAAUUUCAUCAUGGAUGAUCCCGAAAUGUAAUACCGCAAAACUGAAAAGGAUGACAUCGACCUAUGUGCGAGAAAAGAAAUUACUUGAAGGAUUUGAUGAUAACCUACAUUAUCUGGCGCAUCGUUUGAACUGGACGUCAGCCAACCUCAAAUUUGCUCAACAUAAAUAUUCCAAAUUGAAUAAAUCUUCUUUGUCCAAGAUUAAAGGACAUUUGGAUUACAUUUUGAAUGAGACGAAUUUCACGGCCAAUGAUAUUACAAAUAGUUUGUUUAUUUUAAAUAAGAGUUUAGAUGAGAUUAAGGCUCGAAUAAACGAAAUGACUGAAAUUGGAGCCCAGUCUGAUCUAAAGCUAUUCACCUUGGCAGCCAUAUAUUCGGGAAAAAAUAUUUAUUUAAAACGUAUCAAAAAUUAUUGCGACACUAAACUGCCAGGAGAUGCUGGAGAAAAGGCCUUUGCAGCAAUUGAAAUGCGCAUAAAACAGGACAAAUGAUUGAAAAUGAAGAAAACUGGUCACACACAAAAAUAAAGAUGGAAAUUGUUUUUUUAUAGAGA